ACUUUCAGAAAGAUGUCUAGGAUUUAUUCAAUUCUUCAGUUUCAAUAUCUCGGAACAUAAAACACAAAGAUAGUGAUGGCUGAAAAUCGUCGUUCUUAUGCCUGGCCGGAGGCCGGGGUUCCCAGGCUACCUAGACCUCUUCUACCCCAGCAGGUGCCUGAAGUACAACUGCAGGUAGCUGAAGUAUCAACUAUAGAAGAGGAGAAUACUAGAGAAGAUAAUAGUAUAGAAGAACUAGAGUUUAGAGGAGAUACUCAUGCUGAUAUUAUACUUGACGGGCUUAACAAACUCAGGAAGGAGAAUACGUUUACUGAUGUAAGAAUAAAAGUAGAAGAACAAGAGUUUCCUGCUCAUAGAUGUGUUCUAUCCUCAUUCUCUCCAUAUUUCAGGGCAAUGUUUACUGCUGGUCUUGCAGAAUCUGACAUGGAGGUGGUUCCAUUACAAGGAGUAGAACCUGAUAUGAUUAGGAACCUGCUAGAGUUUGCGUAUACAGGUUCUAUCAGUAUAACUAAACAUAACGUCCAGAACCUUCUCUCAGCAGCAAACCUUCUCGAGGUUCUCGAGGUUAGAGAUGCUUGCUGCCAGUUCCUGGAUAGGAAUAUGGAUGAAACUAACUGUCUGGGUAUUCACUGUUUUGCUGAAGUACAUGCAUGUACAGAACUCAUGCAUAGAGCUAAAGCUUUCCUUCUUCAACAUUUUCAGGAUAUAGUAGAUGGUGACGAGUUCAACACUAUCUCGGAGUCAAAGUUAGUUGAGAUCAUCAGCAGCGACCAGCUCGUCGUCGACAAGGAGGAAACCGUCUUCUACGCCUGCCUGUCCUGGCUUCAGGCACAAGAACGUGUGCCUAAAUGUUUUUACAACAUUUUGGAGCAUGUGCGCUUGCCGCUACUUUCUCCGUACUUUAUCCACGAUGUUGUCGAGAGAACUGCUGCCGUUACGGAGAGCGCAGAAUGCCGCAGACUGGUGGACGAGGCCAAAACAUUCCAUCUUCUACCGGAUCGAAGAGAUUCAGGUGGAGAGAGAACUAGACCUAGGAUGAGUGCAGGAACUACUCAGGUAAUAGUGGCAGUUGGUGGUGAGGAUGAUAAGGUUGUGAUGAGAAGCGUAGAAUUCUGGGAUAUAGUGACCGGAGCUUGGAAAACUCUUGCCUGUCUUCCUUUCGCGGUCAGCAAACAUGGACUUGUGGUCAGCGGUCACGGGAAACUGUACAUGGCAGGUGGAGAAUAUCCUGAUGGAUCAGCAAGUAGAGCAAUGUGGAGAUAUGAUCCUGUCCUAAACGCUUGGCAUGAAAUGGCAGGGAUGAAUGUUUGUAGGUCUGAGCUUGGUUUGGUAAUGCUGGAUGGAUGUGUUUAUGCUGUUGGAGGUUGGGAGGGUAGAUCUAGGUUGGAUAGUGUAGAGAGAUAUGACCCAGAGACAAAUAGUUGGCAGUUUAUACCGCCGCUAAAAAUGGCGGUUACGAGCCCCGCCGUGGUGGCAUAUGAUGGCGCACUAUACGUUACCGGCGGGGCUAUUCUGGAAGACGGAGACGGGAUAGAACUUGUUCAAAGGUAUGAUAAUAAAACAGGUUAUUGGACUGAGAUGGCCAGCAUGCUGAUACCUCGGAGUGGGAGCGCGGCAUGCGUGCUCGGAGGAUAUAUUUACGUGGUUGGAGGCUGGCAUGCCAGUACAGAGAAUACAAACAAGGUUGAAAGAUAUGAUGUUGCUCGGAAUAAAUGGGAGUUUGUCGGAUGUAUGUGUGAGCGCAGAUAUCGGCCAGCGGCCGCGGCUGUAGGUGGGAGAAUGUACGUGCUGGGAGGGGAGGAGGGAUUAGACCGGCAUCAUGAUACUAUUGAGGUUUAUGAUCCUGACUCAGAUACCUGGAGUAUAUCCGGAUACUUGACUAGUAGCAGGAGCUGGUUAUCCGCUGCUACCCUAUCCAUCAGGAAGGAUAUGGGACGGGAACGAAUGCCGUGUUCCUGACACAGGUACAGAAUACUUUAACACCCCGGUCAACCCAGUUCAUAACUAACCUGGCGACUGGACGGGACCUGGAUAAACGAAGGAUAACAAAAUGAGAAGAUGGAAGGGAAAAACAAAAACUUCCAUCGAACCCUGUAAAAAUGAAGACAACGUCUGUUUGAAAGUUGUGAAGAAAAUUUAUGAAAUUUAUGUAUUUAAAGUAAGUUGUGAACGCUUUAAAAUGUCAUUUAGUUAAUUUUUGGGAGCCGUUAACCUUAUUCAAAAAAUUAUAUUUAAAAGAAGGUGAUGUUUCUCUUGAACAGUUAAAGAUUAACAAUUUCACAGAAGCAAUUUAAAUCUGUAUCUACUAUUGGAUGUAGAUUUUUAUUUCCGUUUAAAAUUCUAAGGUCUGCGCUGCUUAUCCCUUUUGGGCACUUUUGAAAGAUCACAUAAAAAUGCGUUGACUUAAAAUCGUUUAGAAUAUUCUUUUGAAAAUGUGCAUAUAUUUCAAGAAAUUUAAUAUAUGAUUUUGAAAGAAAAAGUUAUGAACCCCUAGUCCUGGGUUUCAUUGUAUAUAUUGUGCAUACGGUAUCACUGUCAUUUUUAUGAUUCAAAGAAGUUUUAAGAAGCCCGUAAGUAAUAAAGGUUGCUCAUUAUUUCGAGACUCGCUAAUUUUCAUACAGGGUUACCCACAAAGGAUGAGACUUUAAGACGAUUCUACGGGAUUUAUAUGUAUAAUUCUCUACAACUACAACUUGUUUCUUUUGUUGCCAGAUAUCUAAAAAUGCCAAAAAAAAAAUCUAUAUU